CUUUUGCAUUGACUUUCCACCUGAUCUUGGCACAGGGGAUCAGCCUCUGUCCGAAUGGCAAAUCUCCACCGCGUUCCAUGAAUUCUGGUCGUUGCAACCCGUCAUAACCAUGAAAUCCUGGUUCCAGAACUUGCUGAUCCACGGCCAGAGACCCUCUCUCCCUUGCCGCUGGGAGGUCUGAGUCUGGCCAGACAACCUUGUUCUUUUAAUAGUCAACUACCAUUCUUCUCCUCGCCUCUUUUUUUAAUUUUUAAUCUUCAUCUUUUCGUCUUUUGACGUUGGGCGUCUCUGUCUGAAUGAGUUGCGUCUUUCCUCCUCUGACAGCGGACCCGGUUGACAGACACGCCUUUUUCCAGCAAGACCUUGCUUACUAGUAUCAACUGGCCUGGAGCCGGCAUGUCAACGCCUGUGACCGAAUUUCCCUCGUUGGACGUGCAUCCCGAUGAGAGAACUGCUCGACAUGGCGGCGACAGCACCUCGCCCACGUCCGAGAACGAUACCGUCACCAACGAAAACUCUCCGGAAGAUGACAACGACUACAGCAGGCCAAAGGUCGAUACAGACUACCACGACAGCCAUGAGGAUACAAUACGCUCACCCUCCCAGGCACGCGAACAGGCGAUGCGGCUCGAGGACGACCUGGCCCUUCUCCAAGCCGAGAGGGUAGCCUCACGGUCGACCCACGAGGAGAAUGACGACUCGCGCAGCUACGGCGAAUCCAUCUCUCGAGCUCGCUCACAGCCCGCCAUUGACGAGUUCGACGAAGCUACCAACCCUCUACAUGAGAAGGCGGCUAUUUACAACCCGCCAGAGAACCCCAAUACCAACUUGUCAAAGUUCGUCAAGAGGAUCCACAAUUCCAGCUUUCUCGUUCGUUACGCCACCUACAUCACUCCGCUCGUUGUGUUACUGUUGAUCCCGCUUCUUUUGGGUGCAUUGGUAUACCCCAGGGCGAAUGUAGGCGGCGUUCACCUGCUCUGGUUUUCCAUUUGGUUGGAAAUUGUGUGGCUUACUCUCUGGGCUGGACGGAUUGUCUCAAAAUGCAUUCCCGCCAUUGUAUCCUUAUUCGCGAGCAUCUUCACCAACAAUGCAAAGAAGUGGCGGGAUCUGGCGAAGCAAUUAGAGCUACAUGCCGCCCUCUUCUUCUGGUGGCUCAGCGUGGAGAUCUCAUUCUUGCCCAUCAUGAGGAACCACCGCGUUCCGGGCAGUGGCAGUCCCGGUAGCUGGGAGACGACCCUCAACAAAAUCAUCAUUGUCAUCUUUGUCUGGACGAUAUUGAACCUGAUCGAAAAGUUCAUUAUUCAGUUGAUCGCCAUGAGUUUCCACAUGCGCACCUAUGCCGACCGGAUCGAGAUCAACAAGUUCCAAAUCGGCAGCUUGACUAAGCUCUAUGCCUUCUCCAAGGACCGAAUCGCCAUGGCCGACGAGGAGUUCGAAGAAAGAGGCGAAAAGCCUGCUUCUGGAGUGAGAACACCCUUGCAGUAUGCCGGCCGCGCUCAGAAGGUGGCAAAGGGUGCGCUGAACAAGGUUGGCGAUGUUGCGGGCGCCGUCGCUGCCGAUUUCACCGGCCGCAAAGUAAACAAGAGCAGCCACCCGUACCAGGUCAUUCUGGCCCUGUUGGCCACCACCAGCGGCAGUCAGGUUCUGGCUCGUCGGUUGUACCGGACCUUCGUCCGUCACGGGUUCGACACUGUUUUCUCUGGUGACCUGAAGGAGGCCUUUGACAACAACGACGAGGCCGAGGCGGCCUUCAUCAUGUUCGACAAGGACAUGAACGGUGACAUUUCCAUGGAGGAGCUCGAGUCGGUAUGUGUGGAGAUUGGCCGGGAGCGCAAGUCAAUCACCGCCUCGCUCAAGGAUCUGGACUCAGUCGUGUCCAAACUGGACGACGUCUUUGCGUUCAUUGUACUGAUCAUUACUCUGAUUGUCUUUCUCUCCCUCAUCUCUACAUCCACUGCAGGGGUUCUCACCUCGGCCGGAUCGAGCAUCCUCGCGCUCUCGUGGCUAUUUUCCGCUACCGCCCAGGAGUUUCUCCAGUCGGUCAUCUUCGUCUUCGUGAAGCAUCCGUUUGAUGUCGGCGACCGCGUAACCGUGUACGGCAACUCGGGCGAUUCAGGGCUUGGAGAUGACUACUUUGUCAAGCAGAUCUCGCUGCUAUAUACCGAGUUCAAGAAGAUGCAGGGCCACGUUGUCCAGGCGCCUAACAGUUACCUGAAUGGCCUGUUCAUCCUCAACCAGCGCCGCUCGGGGGCUCUCGCUGAAGCGAUCCCUAUUGUCAUCCGGUAUGGUACGACCCUCGAGCAAAUCGACGCCCUACGCCAACGACUACUCGAGUUUGUCCGCAGUGAGAAACGAGAAUACCAGAGCAACAUCCUGACAGAGCUCCGUGCCGUCACGGAGAACUUCUCGCUGACCCUCAACGUCGUCUUUUUUUACAAAUCCAACUGGCAGAACGAGGGUUUACGCCUACAGCGCCGUAACAAGUUCAUCUGCAUGCUCAUGAUCGCCCUGCAGGAGAUCGGCAUCGAGGGCCCACGCAUGAACCUCCAGGGUGCCAAAGUCGACAUCCCUUUCCAUGUGUCCUACUUUGGCAAUAACAACAAUCAACAACACCACCCUGGCAAUGGUUUCCACGACGCCCGAAGCCCCAUCACCCCGAUCCACAGCGACACGCCAACCAUCCCCGAAACCACCACGGCAACCAGUAGCGGUGUUCUGCGCCAGCAACCGUCCAUCCUGCGCAAGGGGAUGAACACCGUUGCUGCACGCGCGCGCGGCGAGUCCACCUCGCAUAAACACGUCGACUUUUCACUCGGCAUGCGUGACCUAGCCUCAGACGACGUGAUGGGCGACGUUUUUGACGACCGUAGAGGCAACAACCACAGUGGUGGUAGCGCGAACCGGAUUCGCAUCGACGAGGUCGUCCGCUCUGCGAACCGCGAAUCCGCCGAACGCCGCAUUCAAGAAGCAAAAGAAGAAGAAGAGGAAGCAGCAGCAGCAGCAGCAGCAGAGGAGGCCCAUCACCGUAUCUCUUUCUCCUCCUCUCGUCGCCAUUCACAUCUCAGCAGCGGGGGUGCUUCCUCCUCGCGUCGAUCAGUCGACUCCCAACCGCGACGCAGCGGGUCCACUUCCAUCCACCACAACCGCUUCUUCCGUACUCGACACCACCGUGCGACGCCAGGCCGAGCAGACGAUGACCAUAACCUUAUGGAGCAAGGACGGGCGUCCCUGGAGAGUACCGGUGAUGCAACUGGUAGGGCGAUGGAUCCACGGACGGGAAUGGUUUCCCCGGCUGCCAUCCAGGAUGAUUGAUAGAUACAUAAUAUAGGAGACAUGUUGAAGAAAUAUAUUCAGAUCAUAUUGGCAUUACGCAUCUAACCGCCACCAAAAGAAUCAGUAUAAAACUGCUGCAAGUCCCUAAUUCCCAUUCUUCUUAUACAUAGCCAAGCCGCC